AACACUUGUCAGACAAACCUUUCAACGCAGGCAGUUUUGAAGACCACCUCAAAAAUACUUUUGUGAACAGUCCUGUGAGUUGAUGGGAAUGCAUUUUUGGUAAUUAUUCGAUUUGGCAACAUAAACUGUAACUCAAAAUUGUGCAAUGAAAAGUCUAGCAAGAUACUUCGGUUUUCAAAACCAUCUGUAGUAGUACAGAAAUAGCUUUUGCUGACCAAAUGAUUACUGUUAGAAGGGAACUAGUCUUGAUUUUGAGCAGCAAUGUUUGGCGGCUAGAAAUUUGCAGAACAAUUCCUUCUUCACAGAGAAAAGGGCUAUUUCUUACUUUCUGGUUUUUACAAUGUUCCUGUUCCAAAGAAUCUAGCUGUCACCACUAUCUUUUAAAAGCAAGCAACUUUGUAGAUUGGGAAGAAGAUGGACGAUUAUACUGAUUUGCCAGAAGAUUAUGGUCUAACCACAUCUUAUUACUAUGAUACAGGCGUAGCCCCAGUCCACAUCGCGGCGGGGAAAUCAUUUGCGUCUUACGUUGUGCCACCGCUUUACUCUUUGGUGUUCAUAUUUGGCCUGCUGGGCAACUCACUGGUGGUUCUGAUUCUCAUCAGAUACAAGAAGCUCAAGAACAUGACUGAUAUCUACCUGCUCAAUUUAGCCAUCUCGGACUUGCUUUUCAUCUUCUCGCUCCCAUUUUGGGCGUAUUACGCAGCGCAUGAGUGGAUAUUUGGAGAUGCAAUGUGCAAAAUUCUCUCUGGGGUCUAUUACGUAGGCUUCUACAGCGGAAGUUUCUUCAUAAUCCUUUUGACUUUCGAUAGAUACCUGGCCAUCGUCCAUGCAGUGUUCGCAUUAAAAGCCAGGACGAUCACCUAUGGCACCUUCACAAGCGUCAUCACUUGGGUUGUGGCCUCAUUAGCCUCUGUGCCAGAAUUUGUAUUUCACCAUGUUCAAAUGGAAUCUGAGACCUACAAAUGUACCAUUCAUUAUCCUUCAAAAAAUGAAAAUGAUUGGAAGCAAUUUUUAACUUUAAUGAGGGUUGUCUUCGGCCUAGCUCUUCCCGCAGUCAUCAUUGUUUUCUGUUACAUGCAGAUUAUAAAGAUUUUGAUUAAGGGUAGAAAUGAGAGAAAGCAGAAAGCUGUCAAGCUUAUUUCUGUAAUCAUGAUUGUCUACUUCCUUUUAUGGAUGCCAUACAACAUCACUCUUUUGUUGCAGACCUAUCAAGAUUCAAUUUUCUCGUGUGACUGGAAAAGCAAUUGUGAGGGAAAGUUAUCUGUAGCCAUUGGGGUGACAGAGAUAAUUGCCAUGAUCCACUGUUGCAUCAACCCUGUGAUCUAUGCCUUUGUGGGGGAAAAAUUUAGGAAAUAUCUCUCUAUCUUUUUCCAGAAGUGUACGUUAGUUCCUCUCUGUCCAGGUCGCGAUCACCCUAGUUUAGACCGGUCUACUUCCUCCUACAUGAGUACAACAGAACAUGACAUUUCUAUUGGUUUGUAAAGUGAUUUCCAGUUGUGUGCUUUUUUGUUUGUUUGUGUGCCUCUGUUAGUUGUUAUGCCUGGGAGUUAUGUCAGACUUCUAAGGAGCAGGGGACUAUCAUGAUGAACUCCUGCACUUUAAAAAAUUUAUAAGUAGGCUAUACUACUGCCAGGCUAGGCAUGGUCAAAUCUGUCACUUUUCAAUUUCGGAAGGUUUCUGAUUUUUCCAUUAUUAUGUUUUGUUCUCAACAUUUCCACAGCAGUUGGAAAUGAUUUUUUUAAGUGUCGUCAUAUAAAUUCUCCAGUAUUUCCACUAAUAUUUUUUCUGUGCAAUGUCUCCUAACAUACACAUUUCUGCAAAUUGAUUUUCUGUAAUAUAAUGUACUUUCAUAUGCCAUUUUUCACUAACGUAUGCAUUCUAAUGGACAUUUUAUAUCCUAGCAUAUGCAUUUUUGUACACAUUAGAACUGAACUGCAAAAUUUGGAGAAAUGCAAAUUUUCAAGGGUCUUGGUUCUUGUAUUGCAUUUGAAAGAACAAAUUAAGUAGCCUUGUCCGCAGAUGCGAACUGAAUCUAUUUUCUCCCCAAUCCCUACACAUAGCACAGAUCUGGGGAAAUCUUUUGUUAGAUUAGAAGAAAUUAAAAUUAAAAUGUUGGUGAAUUUUCUGGAGAACUUAAUAUAUAUGCUGCAGGGAGGACUGUCUAAUAGACUCGCAGAUCGUCCGUGAUCUGUCGGCUCGCAUCAAGGUACAAGUGGCAGGGAUGAUGGGACUAAGAACAGGCACUCUCCAGAGCCACUCCUGCACGCAAGAGACACCUGUUUUUCAUAAUUAUAAGAUUGGGGGGGGGGGAAACCAGGCAUGUUCCAGAUGGAGGAGAGAAGAAGAAGAAGAAAAAACUGCUAAAUUAUACAGUUGUUGGAUGUUGAAUUUUGGACUUUAAAUGGACUCUCAUCUUGAAACGUGGAUUAAGGAGGUGAGUAACCACUAUCUUUCCGUACUUGCUCUAUUACAUCAUGAUUUGGCGAUGCUCAGCCAGAAAGAAUUUAAUUACUUAAACAAACCACAAGAGGUGAAAGUUAUAAUUGAAUGCAUGAUAACCAGCCCUCAAAAACUCUAAGAGAAGUUGGCAAAACAAGAUCAGAUAUGGCAGCUCGGACUGAAGACAGAAACAAAAUGGCGAUCAUUAUUGCGCAGUUACAAAAAAAGGAUUCUUAUGAAAAAGAGCUCCUUUGGACUUAGGGUGUACUGUAUUUCGUUCUAAGAUAUAUCUGCUUGUGUGGAUUAUUUUUAUACAUGAUUGUAGACAGAAAUUGUGGACAGAAGGACGGAGAGCGCUGGAUCCCUGCCAGCUCUUCUAGGGUCUGGAGGAGCUGGGGGGGGAGUGCCCUGCUGUUCUUGGAGGAUUUUUUU